AUGGACGCGGACAGUGCCCCACCAUCUCCCACAGCGUCCACUUCAUCCACCUCCUCAACUGCCUCCACACUGCACGAGGAAUACGAGGGCCAAACGACGACGUUGCCCCCCUCCGUCGCGGCCAACGUCGUACGCCGUUUGGUCGCCCGUGAACUGCAGGACGUGGGCUUUGAUAGUGCGCAACAGGACGCGUGGGAAGAGAUCGAGGCGUGCUUGUUCACUUGUGCGUUGGCGAUGUCGUUGGAUUCGGCUAUCGGAUCAGCGGGAGAGCAAGACCCAGAGCUGACUCGAUCCGCCUCGAACGACUUCACCGUAUUCCCUCGAUUCUACACGCAGUCUUUGGUAGUGCACUGCUACUGGCACACGAUCUAGCGAACCAUGCGCAACGCGUGCGACCCAACGUCAAGGAUCUUGUCGAGAGCUGUCGCAGGCUAGGCGUCGGAGCCGAACUCGAGCUCGUGCAGGAGGUCAAGCGUACCAAGCAUCGUCCAUCAGGUCAGACCAUGACCGGGUACAAGGAUUGAUACACUGUACUCAUACCUUUGUUUAUCCUGCGCGAUGCAGAGGAAUGGCCCAAACUGCGCUUCCAACGCUCGACCAAGCGGCGCUCGUCUCCGUCUGGACCACUGCUCGGCUCCGACGACGAAGGCGAACAGAACGAAAGGGAGGAGAGGGAGAAGGAAUUUACCAAGAUCUUCAACUCGACGCCGGCAGCGAUUGCAUCCGGUAUCGUUACGGGGCAAACGAUCGCUUCAAAGAGGACGUCAGAUGCGCUCAGUGACCUCCCGGGCUUGCCUGCUUUGCCCAACAAGCAUAGUUUCAGAGUCACUCCAGUACAUUACUCAAAAGAUCUAUUCGGCCUUUUCCUCUAUCACACUAAACCCACUCGCCGCCGCUCUCCUCCUCGCAGGCCUACCCUACCCCAACUCUAUCAGCUCCAUUUGUCCCACCGAACCUAACGCACCAUCCCAAACCCCAAGAACCCUCUCCCCUGGCCCUGGCCCAUCUCGCGACCCUCCAAUCACGCCAAAACGACUCGACCCAAGUCGCCGCCUCCUUACGCAACCUCAUCCUACGCACAUCCGCCCGUCCUCAACAAUCGGUCUUCAACCCUUCCGCGCCGAACGGAUCGGACGGAAUAGGACUGCUUGGCAAUGGCGAAGAAUUGGACGUGGUCGAUUACUCGACCGAAUGGUAUUCCUCCAAAACGGCCAGUCAACCCAUCUUCGCUUCCUCUUCCGCGAACAAGAUCGCGAACCCGACGGCACAGGGGAGGAAUAAACCGGUUUGGAAGUUGAAAAUGGGCACGACGGAGAUUGACCAGAGUGCGUUGGAGGAGGCGUUGAUGGCUGCGAAUGGAGGGGUGGCGGUCGUGGGAGGGUUGCAGGGGAAUACGACGACGGCUGGUGGAGGUGGGGGUGGGGUUGUGAAGAGGAGGAGGUGGAGGGUUUGA